CCAGCAAUUCAACACCUCAAUUCCCCCCACCACAUAACACACCCCACCCACCGCCACAAUGGGUAAAUCCUCCAAAGACAAGCGGGAUGCCUACUACCGCCUAGCCAAAGAGCAAAACUGGCGCGCCCGGUCCGCCUUCAAACUCAUCCAAAUCGACGAGCAAUUCGAUCUAUUCGAGCACGAGAACCCAGACAAAGUCACCCGAGUCGUCGAUCUGUGCGCCGCCCCCGGCAGCUGGAGUCAAGUGCUGAGUCGCGUUCUGAUCAAGGGCGAGAGUUUCGGUCGCCGCGCCUGGGUCGAGAAGAAGCGCAAGGAAAAGGAAGCCCUCGAUCGGGUCCGCAAUGGCGACAACACCACCACAGUCACUUCUUCAUCAGAAGACACCGACAUGGCCGAACUGAAACCCCGCAAGAACGUCAAAAUCGUCUCCAUCGACCUCCAACCCAUGGCUCCCCUUGAAGGCAUCACCACCCUCAAAGCAGACAUCACCCAUCCCUCCACCAUCCCGCUCCUCCUGCGCGCCCUGGACCCUGAAGCCUACGACUCCUCCACCUCUACCACUCCCUCCGCCAUUCGUCCCCCUCACCCCGUCGACCUGGUCAUUUCCGACGGCGCCCCGGACGUAACAGGCUUGCACGACCUCGACAUCUACAUCCAAUCGCAAUUGCUCUACUCGGCGCUCAACCUCGCCCUGGGCGUCCUCCGCCCCGGCGGCAAAUUCGUUGCCAAGAUCUUCCGCGGCCGCGACGUCGAUCUCCUCUACGCGCAACUCCGCACCGUGUUCGAGAAAGUCAGCGUCGCAAAGCCGAGGAGUAGUCGUGCUAGUAGUCUGGAGGCAUUUGUCGUGUGCGAAGGGUUCAUCCCGCCUUCGAUCCAUGCUGGUACGGACGCUCUGAAGAACCCUAUCUUCGGGGGCGUGGCUGUCCCGCCGGCUGUUUCAGCGGAUGGUAAUGUCGGGGUGGAGGUUGUCGAGUCUGAGGACGACGAGGCACGCCCUGUUAAGCUGGCUCGGUUUGCUCCGGCCGAGGCGACUCUGGGUGCUGCUUCAGCGGAGUCGAGCCAGACGGAGGCGCGGCUGCUUCACGAUGACUCCUUGGCGUCGGUGACGCCUACGCCACUGGCGUAUAAGUCCGCCGGUGAGAAGUUCGCUGUUGAGAAUAAAUGGAUUCCUAGGUUCAUUGCUUGUGGUGAUCUCUCGGCUUGGGAUUCCGAUGCCUCUUAUACGCUCCCGCCGGAUCAUGUCAGUUUGGAUCCGGUGCAGCCGCCUACUGCGCCGCCUUAUCGGCGGGCGUUGGAGUUGAGGAAGGAGAAGGGUGGUGCGUAUGGGAAGACGAAGUUGGGUAGUUUGGGACGGGCGUGAAGUUAGAAUUGAUUAUUAUUAUUGCGGCCGUUUUAACGAUAUCUUCUUGUUUAUAGUUAUGGUUACGAAAGUUUUCGACUUGGCGGGGUAAAAAGAAGUUGGACGGGCUUAAGACUACUGCUUGGCUGCUAGAUGGACAAGGGCGGAUGGAUAUAGCAGAUACCCAUAGAUUUACGAUAGAUGAUGAUAACCAAAAGAAGAG